CUUGGGCAAUAGUACAGCCUGGAUGUUGGGCAGGACGCCGCCCUGAGCGAUGGUGACUUUGCCUAGCAGCUUGUUGAGCUCCUCGUCGUUGCGGAUGGCCAGCUGCAGGUGGCGCGGGAUGAUGCGCGUCUUCUUGUUGUCGCGGGCCGCGUUGCCCGCCAGCUCCAGGAUCUCGGCCGUCAGGUACUCCAGCACCGCCGCCAGAUAAACCGGCGCGCCGGCCCCGACCCGCUCGGCGUAGUUGCCCUUUCGGAGCAGGCGGUGCACUCGGCCCACGGGGAACUGGAGCCCGGCGCGAGAAGAGCGAGUCUUGGCCUUGGCACGAACUUUGCCUCCUUGCUUACCACGUCCAGACAUAAUGCAAUAUUUUAAAGCCUACACCAGAAACAACUAAGGGGAAAGGAGAAAAUCGCAUAUUUUAUAGCUGCAGCUGGGCGCGAAAAAGAAGCUAUUCCAUUGGGUAAAGUAGUAAUUCCGUUUUAAAAGAUACGUGUCGGUCCUUUAAAUGCGCGUUCUGAUUGGACAAGAUUUUAAUGACGUCAUUACCAGUAUUCGCCAAUCAGACAUAGAACUUUACUAAGUCUCAUUUGAAUAUGCAGUUGUAAGUGAGUCGGACUCGCCUCGCCCAUUGCUCACUCUUUGUUUCUCGAGGAUUUUGUUAACGCCACUUCACCAUGCCUGAGCUUGCUAAGUCCGCUCCUGCCCCGAAGAAAGGCUCCAAGAAGGCGGUGACCAAGGCUCAGAAGAAAGACGGCAAGAAGCGCAAGCGCAGCCGCAAGGAGAGCUACUCCGUGUACGUGUACAAAGUGCUGAAGCAGGUCCACCCGGACACCGGCAUCUCGUCCAAGGCCAUGGGCAUCAUGAACUCGUUCGUUAACGACAUCUUCGAGCGCAUUGCGGGCGAGGCGUCUCGCCUGGCUCAUUACAACAAGCGCUCGACCAUCACCUCCAGGGAGAUCCAGACGGCCGUACGCCUGCUGCUGCCCGGCGAGCUGGCCAAGCACGCCGUGUCUGAGGGCACCAAGGCUGUCACCAAGUACACGAGCUCCAAGUGAGCCACUGGCUGCAAAGCAGUUGAUCAGGUUCCGUCAUAUCCAAAGGCUCUUCUCAGAGCCAUCCACGCUUUCCAAAGAGAA